UUCCUCUCUUCCCCUUCCCCAUCUCUCUCUCUCUCUCUCUCUCUCUCUCUCUCUCUCUCUCUCUCUCAACCCACCCCAUCUUCGAUUUUAGCCAAAAACAAGAGGUGGGUUUCGUUCAAGACUCUCUCUUUCAUCCAAAUUCCACACCUUUCCUCUCAUAGAACUCCAUUCUAUCCCAAUACUAAAACUCCUCUGUUUUCAUCCCCUGUUUUAUUUUUUAUAUUUUUUAAAUUUUAUUAUGAAAACAAACAUGUCUUUAAGUGUUGCUGAACCGUGUGGCUGGAGCUUCCUCCAAGCUCUGAACAACAAUUGCAAUACUACCAAAGCACAAGACACCGAAAAUGACAAAGUAUAUGUACACCCUCUUGUUAACCGCUCCUCUUCGAGGCUAAGCGAAGAAAGCCUUAAAAUGUGUACUGAAAGUUUAGGAAGCGAGACAGGUAGUGCUGUCACUGAAAGCAACAACGAUGAAUUUGCUUUCCUUUCAGCAGUCAGUUAUGAAAAUGGUCCAAACAAGCAGGCUUCGAAAUUGCAUAGAUUUCCGGUGUCAAAGAAGAUGAAUCAUUGCCAGAGUUUUCCACCACCCUUGACAUCUAUUAGUGGCUCAAAUGGUGUACAAGUUAAGCCACACCGAGAAGGCGGUCGGCUUGUUCUGAAAGCUGUUACUGUCCCUUCUUGUCAUGCCCUGUUUCAUGCUGAGCGUGGGGAUGGCAGGCUUAGGCUUCGGUUGGUCCAAGACGGAGGAAUCGGUGAAGAGGAGGAUGAGGAAGCUGUUGAAGAAGAAGAAGUUGGGGAUGAUAGCGAUGUUGCUGGAGAGGAGGAGGAGGAGGAGGAGGUGGAUUGGUGUGAGGAGGAGAUGGAGGGGUAUAGUGGGAAUUUUGGGGAUGAGAUGGGAAUGGGGGCGAAACUUCCAUGGCUUAGCAGGUGCAUGGAAGGUGCGCGUGGGAACGAAGCGUUAAGGAAUUGGGAGUCAUUCUGCUUGGCUACUUAUAAGCUCUCUGUCUGAACAAAAAUACCAUUAUUAUCAGUCUUUUUUUGUCCUUUUUUUUUUCCCAUUUUUUUUUUCCAGUUGUUAUUGUUUUCCUCGUGUCUUGGAUGUCGUAGAAUAUGGUAAUGGUAGUUAUUGUAGUUAUUAUA